CUGGAGAAAUGGGAGAGCGUAAUACAGUGCUCUGUGUGUUCGGAAGCAUUCGGCUACCAGAGGGCAAGAAUGCGAAGCCCUCUCCUUUCGUGGACUCCGGAUUGGAUUCCGGCCGUAGGUGUGGGAACCGGCUUGUCCGCCUCACGCGGGGGCGGAACAGCGGCCCGGGUGCCUCUCGGGAAUGCUGGGGAAUGUAGUCCAGGAGCUCCGCAGAGUCGGAGGUAUUUCCGCUGCGGGAGGUUAACAUCGCGGCCUUCGUUUCUCUCUGGGAGGUGGCACUGGCUCUUCUCAUCCAUGCGGGACAGGAGGCUUUGCCCGGACUACUUCUGACUCGUGUUUUAGAAAGAGAGCGUCCCCCACAAAUACCUUCUGCGGUUUUUGCAGGGCCACAGACCAGACUGCAGCAUCUCAGGCUCCUUUCUUUUCCGCCUCCUGACUUCUGAAAGAGGACCCCUUGGCAGCAGAGCCCCGCUGCGACCGUACUGCGCUUUCGUCUUCCUCUUCUACGGUGAUAGAAGGUAUUUCAUUCAUGAGCAACUGUUAAAUAAUUGAGAAAAUAUGGAGAACAUGCACAGGACGUGAGUGAUGGUCUUCAUGGUUACACCUGGAGUGCUAAGCAUCGUCCGGAGGGUUUUAUAAAAAUUAACGCAGUCUUCACAAAGCCCUCUCAAGUGAAUAGUUACUGCCUCUAUUGUACAGACGAGAGAAUGGAGGCAGAGGAGCCCAAGUUACUUAUCCUGUGUCACACCGCUAGUGGGUGAAGUGGAUUUGAAUCCAGGGUGUGUGUGCCUUAUGUGUGGAUAUCCUUGGCCCCAAAGUUUGAAGUCCUCAAAUUGGAAUUAGGAAACAAAACAGAAAAAUAAGCUAUAUAAAUAUUUAACCAUAGGAAACUGGCUGCAGAGGAGUCAAGUCAUUUGGGAUCAAGUUACAGAGAGAGAGAGAGAGCGUGCACAGGAGGAGGGGCAGAGGGAGAGAAAAUCUUCAGAAGACACUGGCUACACUUCACUGACUGAGUCACCCAGGGACGGCUGUUUUCCAGGACCUUGUCAUAUUCUUUCCAGAGUGCCUAGCAGCAACCUAGAAGUUAGCAGAGAAGAGUUAUUCAGUGGCUAUGUGACAUGAAAAAUGCAACAAGUUAUCGAAAGGGCAAAGGGGAUUUUAAGCAGAUCCUUUGGCUUCAGAGUUGUCUCCCCGUUUCCGUGUCUGUCAACCCUACUCUCAGCUCUCGUUUCUCUUCCUGUGAGACCUCUUGGAGUCCCAUCAGUGUAUUUUUGUCCUCAGAAGCAGCAGAGAAGCAUCUAGAAUACCGGUUCUGGUGUGAGAGCUGGAUUCCACUUCCGCCUGUGUGUCUUGACCUCAUCAAGCUUCAGUUUCUUCAUCUGUUAAACGGAAGCCACAGUCCUCCUCAUCAAGUGGGAACUUCCAAAAUGCCGGUACCAUGCCAGAGGCAUCGCACAGAUUAGCUCAUUUAUUCCAGCACAGUAACCCUCUGGCUGAAAUUCUGUUUUGAUCUCUUUGUUGUAUCUGAGGAUGGACACAGAGGUGUAGGCAGUUGGACCGAAGUCACACGACUUGUGCAACAGUAACUUCAUCAUAGACAGAGAUCACAAGUAGGCAGAGAGGCAGGCAGAGAGAGAGGAGGAAACAAGCUCCCCGCUGAGCAGAGAGCCCGAUACGAAGCUCAAUCCCAGGAUCCUGGGAUCAUGACCUGAGCCGAAGGCAGAGGAUUUAACCUACUGAGCCACCCAGGCACCCCUGAGUCACAGAUGAAAGAAUUGAGGCACGGAGACAUUAAUAACUUGUCGAAGAUUUCACAGCUACCCUUCCUUAGAAGGACGAGGGCAAAAUGACCAAGUUCAAGGCAGUGUCUGGCAGCAUUUCUGGUGUCGCCAACUUGAGGGAGGCUUCGGCCUCUACUGCACAGAAGCCAGGGCUGCUGCCAAAAAGGCAGGGGACAGCCCCCACAAUAAGCAGUUAUCUGGCCCCAAAUGAGGCGGUGACAUUCAAGGAUGUGGCGGUGGUCUUCACGGAGGAGGAGUUGGGGCUGCUGGACUCCGCCCAGAGGAAGCUGUACGGAGACGUGAUGCUGGAGAACUUCAGGAACCUGCUCUCUGUGGGGCAUCAGCCCUUCAUCCCACAUGUAAUACUCCAGUGCGAGAGGGGAGAAAAGCUUCAGAUGAGAAAGACAGCAACCCAGGGCCGCGGCAUCGCAGGAGACAAGAAUCUAAAUGACCUGGAGACUCUUCAAGAAAUUGGAUCAAAGUUCCUGCCACAUGAAGAGCUGUUCUGCUCGCAGAUCUGGCAACAGGUUACAAAGGAAUUAGCCCAGUGCCAAGAUUCCAUGGUCAGUAUUCAAGGAACUGGCUCUCAGUUGGAAAAACGAGCUGAUGUACUCUAUAAAGAUGAGGGGUUUGGUAAAGGCUUUAAUCAGAAUUCACAUCUUCAGGUUCCCCACAGAGACGAUCCGGGAGGAAAAACCUACCAGGCAGAGGAGCAUGAGAAAGGUUUCAUUCAGCGCUGUCAUCUUCAAACUAACCCGACAGCCCAUGUAGGAGAGAAGCCCUAUAAAUGUGAAAAAUGUGAAAACACCUUCCGUCGGCUUUCAAGCCUUCAAGCCCAUCAGAGGGUCCAUAGUGGAGAGAAAUCGUUGAAUUAUGACACAUCGUUUAAGGGUUUACGACAGAGGUCAUCUCUUCACCAUCACCAGAGAGUCUCCACUGGAGAGAAUUCACACAAAUAUGAGGAAUGUGGGAGGAACGUCGGGAAAAGCUCACAUUGUCAAGCUCCUCUGAUAGUCCACACAUUAGAAAAACCUUAUAAAUGUGAGGACUGUGGGCUGAGCUUCAGUCAGAGCUCAUAUCUUCAAGUCCACCAGAGAGCCCACAUGGGAAAGAAACCUUAUAGAUGUGAAGAGUGUGGAAAGGGCUUCAGCUGGCGUUCGCGACUACAGGCUCAUCAGCGAAUCCACACUGGAGAGAAGCCGUACAAAUGUGAGGCAUGUGGCAAGGGCUUCAGUUACAGCUCACACCUUAAUAUUCAUUGUCGAAUCCACACAGGCGAGAAACCCUAUAAAUGUGAAGAGUGUGGGAAAGGCUUCAGUGUAGGUUCACACCUUCAGGCCCAUCAGGUGAGUCACACUGGAGAGAAACCUUACAAAUGUGAGGAGUGUGGGAAGGGCUUCUGCCGGGCCUCAAAUCUUCUGGACCAUCAGAGAGGCCACACUGGUGAGAAACCAUAUCAAUGUGAUGCAUGUGGAAAGGGCUUCAGUCGUAGCUCAGAUUUUAACAUUCAUUUCAGAGUCCAUACAGGAGAGAAACCCUAUAAAUGUGAGGAAUGUGGGAAAGGCUUCAGUCAGGCCUCAAAUCUUCUAGCACAUCAAAGAGGCCACACUGGAGAAAAACCAUACAAAUGUGGGACGUGUGGCAAGGGCUUCAGCCGGAGUUCAGAUCUUAACGUUCAUUGUAGAAUCCACACCGGAGAGAAACCCUACAAAUGCGAGAAGUGUGGUAAGGCCUUCAGUCAGUUCUCAAGUCUUCAAGUGCAUCAGAGAGUCCACACGGGAGAGAAACCCUAUCAGUGUGCAGAGUGUGGGAAGGGCUUCAGUGUGGGUUCGCAGCUUCAAGCCCACCAGAGGUGCCAUACGGGGGAGAAACCGUAUCAGUGUGAGGAGUGUGGGAAAGGAUUCUGUCGGGCCUCAAAUUUUCUGGCUCAUCGUGGAGUCCACACAGGAGAGAAGCCAUACCGGUGUGAUGUGUGUGGUAAGCGCUUCAGACAGAGAUCCUAUCUUCAAGCCCACCAGAGGGUCCACACCGGAGAGAAACCGUACAAAUGUGAGGAGUGUGGUAAGGUCUUCAGUUGGAGCUCAUACCUUCAAGCCCAUCAGAGAGUUCACACUGGAGAAAAACCAUAUAAAUGUGAGGAAUGUGGGAAGGGCUUCAGUUGGAGCUCAAGUCUUAUAAUUCAUCAGCGAGUACAUGCUGAUGAUGAGGGUGAUAAUGACUUGCCUUCUCCAGACAAUUUGCACAGGAAAGAAGCUCCAUAAAAUAUGUUUUAAUACCUCAAAUGGGUGCUGAAAUAGUCUAAUUAUCAGAACUGUCCUAGAAGACAAAGCAUUUUAUAAAAGAGUCAGUAUUUAGCCAGGGCUUGACAUGUCACAGUGGUUGGGUGACCACACAGCAGAAAAGCCUCAUGAGAGCAGUGACAUAAGGACUUCAUUCAGAACGCUGACAUUUAGCAGAUAAUAGAUGGAAGUGAGGCUUAGGAAGGACGCAUCUGAUCUGAAGUUGACUGAAGGGCUGAGAGGGAAGUGCCAGAAUUUUAUAUUCCAUGAGAGUAUCAGCUCGCAAGAGCAUAGGGAUUUGUUGACUGCCAAAUCUAUUCCGUGUUUUCAGUGCCUAAUACAUGGUAGGUAUUUAGUAAUGUUAAAUGAGUGAAAGGGAGAAUGGUCAUAUGUGAAAUUUUUAUUCAGUUCUUCUUUAAAAAUUUCUGUGAAAUGUGCUUAGAAGAGGAAUUCUGCAAGGCUUGGGGGACAUUUAAGUUGUACCCAUGGGCUUAUUUUCCCAACCCUACAGGUCCUGUGAACUAGUGUUUAUCAACCUGCCAGUAGGUCCCCAAUCACUUCAGUGGGUUGUGACCAGCACUUUUAUAUGCUAACAUUUUAUUGAGGUAUAAUUUGCAUGCAGUAACAUGCAUAAAUCUCAAUUUUACAACUUCAUGAAUUUUGACAAAUGUAUACACUUAUGUAAUCACCAAAAUCAAUGUAUACAAUAUUUCUAUUAAACCAGAAUGUUUCCUUGUGUACAUUUCUAGUCAUUCCCACCUCCAGUGGCAUCAAGUUUGAUUGCUAUACCUCACAUUAGUUGUCUGUUCUUUGGUUCAAUGUGUGUCCUCUUAUGUCUGGAUUCUCUUGAUCAAAUAUAUGAUCAUUUUAGUAGAUUGAGGAAAGUAAGAUUGACAAAAUCAGUGUCCAUUAUAAAAAUUCCUCAGUGAGAUAAAAGACAUCUAUGAAAAUUCUACAAGCUAACAUUUUUUGUAAAAUUAUUAUUAGGGAAUAGUUGGUAUAGUAAAAUCGACUCUUAGGUAUAUCAUUCUGUGUCAUGGCAAAUGCUUACUAUUGUAUUACUACCAACUCAAUCAAGAUGUUUUAACACUUCCAAGACCGACCCCCUACCCUGAAAUUCCUUUGUACUCUUGUAGUCAACCCCUCUCCCUGUCUCCUCUCCCUGCCUUUGGCAGCCAUCUGCCUGUUUCCUGUCUGCAUAGUUUACUUUUUUUGGAAUGUCCUAAAAUGGAAUCAUACAGUAUGUAAUCUUUCAAGUCUGGCUUCUUUCACUUUAUGCUUCUGAGAGUCAUGAAUCUUGAUGUGUGGCUCUGCUGAAUGGUAGUCUAGUGUAUGGAUGGAUCGUGUUUGGUUUAUCCAUUUAUGAAUUCAAGGAUAUUUGAGUUUCCAGUUGUUAGCGAUUAUGAAGAAAACAGUGAUAAAUAUUUUCAAAGAGAUAUGUGUGUCAACACAGGUUUUCUUUGUCUUAGUAAAAAUUUAAAUAGUGGAAUUGUGUAGUAUGUCUAACUGUAUGGAAAGCUAACAACUCUAAAAUGGGUAUACCAGUUUGCAUUCCUACCAUCAAUGCAUAUUAGGGUUUUGCUUUUACCAUUUGAAAAGGUUUAUUGUGACAUCUUUGGUUUUAAUUUGCAUUUUCCUAAUGACUGUGUUGGGCAUCUUUUAUAUCUGAAUGUGUCCUGUAUGUGUAUCUAUUUUCUCUGGGAACUGUUUUCUUGUUCUUGAUUUUUGAGAGUUUAUGUGUUCCAGGCAUAUGUCCUUUGUCAGUUACAUGUGCAAAUAUUUUAUCUCUGUGCGUUUUGUGUUUUUAUUCCAUUAUCAGUGUUUUUCACAGAGUAGAAAUUUUGUUUUUGAUGAAGUUCUGUUUUCAUCUUCCAUGGAUUGUGCUUUUGGUUUUAGAUCUAAGAACUCUGCCCAAUCCAAGGUCACUAAGACUUUUCUCCUUUUUUUAUCUAAAAAUUUUAUGGUUUCAUGUUUUUGCAUUUAGGUCUCUGAUCCAUGUGAGUUCAUCUUAUAAAGUGUGAGGUCAAGGACCGUGGUUUUUGGUCCGUGAACAUCCACUUACUAAGUAUCCUUUUAACAUCAAAUUUCUGUUAGCCCUUGUGGAAAAUCUAUUGAUCAUACGUGUGGGUCUUCUUUUGGCCUCUGCUUGGUUCCAUCAAUCUAUGCGUCUAUCAUUUUGCUAAUAUGUAGCCUUAUUUAAGUCUUGAAAUGAGAUGGUGUGAGUUUUCCAACUCCAUUCUUCUUUUUCAAAAUGUUUUGGCCUUUUUAAUUUGUUAACUUUUGUAUAAUUUUUAAAAUAAGUUUUGUGAUUUUUAAAAAUAAACUAAUUGAUGGAAAUUUUGUUGGGAUUGCACUGAGUAUAUAUAGAUAACUUUAGGGAGACUUAGCAUCUUAGCAAUAUUGAAUAUUCUAAGCCACAGACAUGGAGUAUCUGCCUAUUUGUUUAGGACACUUCCAUUUCCUUUUGUCAAUAAUUUGUAGUUCUCAGCACAUAGAUUCUGCACAUAUUUUAUUAGAUUAGAUUUAUACCUAAUACUCUGUGUUUUUUGGUGCUAAAUUAAAUGGUACAAUUUUUCAAAUUUCAA